GGGUGGGGCGGGCGGCGGCGGCUCCGGGCAUGCUCGGCCGUGGUGGCAGCGAGCCGGGCGGGUCGCGCUGGUCCCCGGCCGGCCGGAGCGGCGGCGGCGGCGGCGCGGGGCAGCAUGAGGGAGCCGCUCGUGUGGGUCCUGCCAGUGCCACGGUCCCAGGGGCUGAGCUUUGAUGAAGCCGGGGCAUUAUGUACAGCGUAGAAGACCUCCUGAUUUCUCAUGGAUACAAGGUGUCGCGAAGUAUCCCAGCGCCCGGCGAGGAUGAGCGCGAGGGCCACCGGCAAGCGAGGAGCCGCACCAGAGCUGGCCAGGGCCUGCUGAAUGGGUGUGACCAUGGCCCGGCAGCCCUCCCCCCCAGCAAGCCGUCCCAGGGGAAGGGACACGCGAGCACCUCAGAGAACAGCCACCGCGCUCCCAGAGCCCAUGGAGAGCCCCAGAGCACUUCUUCUCGAGCUUCUGAGCUGGGAUUUUAUCAUCAGCCUGUGCUAAGGUGGUCCUCUCAACCGCAGACUGCUCACGACCACGCCUACUGGAGAAGAAGACGGCAGGAGGUCAGUGGCCUGCUGGGGCCAAGGGACCGAGAAGAUCUGGAGGUCAGAGGCAUGGCCCAAGCACAAGGUCUGCCCAUCCAUGCAAGGGAGGGCCCAUGGGAAGUUGGAGGAAGGACAGAGAAUGUGAUGAAGAAGGCAGUUUGGGAAGAAGAGCUGAGAAUGGCGGGACCUGCCAAGUGGCAGAAUAUAAGCCUCGAGAGCUGGAACCAGCCAAGGAAAUUAGGGAGGCAGAUGUCCGAUGGUGAUGGGGAGAAAUUAUUUCAAGAUCUGUACCCAUUCAUGCAAGGAGAGCAGGCGUUGAAUUCCCAAAGCAAAGGGAAAUCCCAGUCCCUGCCCAGGGUUCUUUCCUCCGAGAGCCUGAGUUGCAUGGACAUCCCCAUUCCAUUAAAUGAUGGACAUUUUCCAGGUGUUCCUAAAAUCCCAUUUUAUCCCCCAAAUUGUGCACCAAAUUUGGAAUCCACAAGGAACCCUGAGAAGAGCGGCUCCUCGGUCCCUUUACCCCGGCCCAAGUUUGGGCGACCCCUCAAGCCCCCGUCCUACGACUCUCACCAGCACUCCAGGGUGGGAGUGGAGAACAGCGACUCUCCAGUCAGCCAGCAGGUAGACCUGUGUGUCUCCUACUUGAGCAGAACUCACGAGCCCAGGCUGGAGCUGUGUGCAUCUGACUCCGGUUUAGAGCCUCCGGUGUACGUGCCUCCGCCAUCGUACCGGUCACCGCCCCAGCACAUCUCCAACCCCUACGUGGAGGAUGCAGCGCCCAGGCCCGAGUGCGGCGGUCCCCGUCAGCAGCAGCAUCCAGUGGAGCUGCCGGGCCCGGGUUGUCCGCUUCCUCCCGGCCCCCCGGGACCCGAGAAUGAGUAUGGUGUGAGCCCAUACUCUCCUCGCGGGGUCCCCCUGCAGCCCCGGCCUACCACCGCUUAUGACGGCUCUGUUCUGUAUAUUCCCUUUGACGACCCACGCAUCCGACAUUUUAAACUGGCCCACCUGCAGGGCUUCUGUCAGGAAGCAGCGGCUGAUGGGCAGCCCUACAACCCCAGCCCCCGUGCCACCCCGGCACCUGAGCAUGGACACAGUCAACACGAUGGCACCGUCUCGAGCCCGCAGAGUGCAGUGACCCCGCCAGGCAGUGUGAGUGGCUCCUCCACCGCUGAUCCCAGUCCCCGGUGGCUGUGGGGCCCGCGCCCCAGGGAUGCAGAGAGCAGCGGCUUCCCUGAGCAACGAGACCAUGGGGCCAUGAGAGGACAGUGGCCUGCCACGGGGGGCGGCCAGCAGGGACACACAGAAGGCCCAGCCUCCUCCCCAAGCCCGCAGGGCGAGAGUACCUGGGAAACUCGAACCAAGCUCAAGAAAUUUGAAACUGGGAUUCUGACCAAGAAAAGUUCAAAGAAAAAAAUGAACGAGACGAUAUUUUGUUUGGUUUCCAUCCCAGUUAAAUCCGAAUCACAUCUGCCAGAUAUAGAUAGGAACAACAAUGACUUAAAACAGAGCACUGGUAAAAAGAAUGGGCUUGAUAAGAGCCCGGCUUUGCAAGAACAAAGUCUGCUGAGCACGUCUUCCACCGACCUGGAGCUGCAAGCUCUCACAGGAAGCAUGGUUGGGAGAACAGAAUUCCAGAAACAAGAUCUGGGGGAACCAGAAGAAGGCAAACAAACAAAUGACCUCAGAUUCAUUCACCCUACAAAACACAGAGAGCUCAAGUAUUCUGGCUCGUGGCCAGGACACCAGUACAGAGAUCAGCAAACACAAACUACUUUCACCGAGGACUCCAAAAGCCCACGGCCCCUCGCUGCUGAGAAGCUGGGAGGGUCCCCAAAAGCCGUACUGACUCCCAGACUUUCAGACCCCCUGGCCUCUGAAGCUCACACGCCCACGGCGUUAGCUUCCAGUGACCAGAACCAGAGGCCAAAGGCGCCUCCCCUCGAAGGUCAAAUGUCCCUCAGCCCCUCCAGCAACAGCGCUUUCUCAAGGACUACGUCCUGCAUACACCAGGCACCCGCUCCGAAAGCAGGGCCCGGUCGGGCCGGCGCGGAUGGCCGUGGCCGCGGGGCCAGCCCUGUGUCCCGGGGUGAGGUUGUGAAGGGGGAGACCACCGGCCCCUGCAACAGUAAGCAGCUGUUCGGGCAGUUUCUCCUGAAGCCCGUUAGCCGGCGCCCCUGGGACUUGAUCAGCCAGCUAGAAAGUUUUAACAAGGAGCUUCAGGAGGAGGAGGAAAGCGGUCAGAGUGGCAGCGACAGUCACAGUGAGGACAGUGACACAGAGUGGCCAUGCGAAGGCAAGAACUGGGGCUUCGGUGAAGCCAGCCGGGCCUGGAGAGCUGAGGAACCCCGAAGGAGGCCGGUGCUGGAGGAGCCCGGGGCCUGGCCGGGAAGAGUGAAGAGCAAGUCUGAGAGCUGGAGCGAGGAGCAGAAGCCCGGGGGGCCCCGUGUCCUGCCUCAGUCCCCGGGCCCCACGACGGUGGGGCCAGGUGGUGGCAGGGGUGCAGCCUCGCUGUGGGCACACGGAAGCCCGGUCGCAGAGGAGGGGCACCAGGAGGCGGAGCACAGAAUGAACAAGCUAGCCGUCAGCCCAGGUCCGCUGCACAGAGUGACGUCUUCUAGGUCAAGUGACACAAAACCAGCGCCCUCGUCCAAUCCAGCUGAACCGAGGCAGCCCCAGGGAAGUCAGGAGCUGCCCAGUGUUUCCAUUUCUGGGGAGCUGAGCACAGCACCCCCUCGGCAGGCUGGGGCUGGAGGGGAGAGGAGCCCGCUGCUCCCACUCUCUCUUGCCAGCAAACCCCGAGGACUCUCCGCACCGGACUUGAGGUCUGUGGGGCUCCUGCCCGCACAGAAACCGAGUACCGAUAAGUUAGAUGGGUCUUUAGGAAAAGCGAGUGCAAUAGAGAUCCCCCCGAAUGAGUCCCUUCAAGCGAGGGCUGCGAGGAUCCUGGGCAUUGAGGUGGCCGUGGAGUCCCUGCUGCCGGGCGCCAGGAGAACGGGACAGAACCAGCAUCCCGGGCCUGAUGAAAGUGCCCGCGGGCCGGAGGCCCCCAGGGAGGAGUCUGUGUCCAGCUCAGCCCAGCCGGAUGACCCCCCGGUGUCCAUGGAUGCCUUUUAUGGCAGGAGAAAGUGCGGCUGGACCGAAAGCCCUCUCUUUGUCGGGGAGAGGGAGAGUGUCCGUCGGGCUCCCCAGGCUGCUGAGCACUCAAGUGUGGACAGGACUGUCCCCAGCAAGGCCCCAAGCCCCGAGCCUCAGCCCAGUCCCGAGCCUCAGCCCAGCCCCCAGGAGUCCCAGGCCUUCAAUCACAAGGACCUGGGGACAAAACCACCCUUCAGGUCCACUCUGUUCCAUUUUAUAGAGAGGACCCCAAGUGUGUCAGGCUCAGAAAAGAGGCUCAGAAGCACUUCCAAAGUGAUCGAAAGUUUACAAGAGAAACUGGCCUCCCCCCCGAGGAGAGCAGACCCUGACCGCUUGAUGAGGAUGAAAGAGGUGAGUUCUGUGUCUCGGAUGAGGCUCCUGAGCUCCCGGAGCACUGACUCCAUGGAGGAGGCUGAGGAACUGAAGGCUGAGAGGGGCCCCGGGGUGCCACCUGGAGGCCCAGUGUCUCUGAAUGCUGGGGAGCUGUCGCAGAAGGCCGGGCACCCCCCCUCUGUCUCCAGGGGUACCCCCUCGCUGGAAGAAGACGGGCAUCCGUCGGCACAGAGGGACAAGAAGAACGUCCAGCAGGAUUUCUGGUGCCCAGAUUCCUAUGACCCUAGCAGAGUGGAGAGGGUGUGAGGAGAUGCCAGUGAAGCCCGAGAUCGCUAGAGUUUACUCACCGGGUGUCGCCUUGUCUGGCCUGCCCUCCCGGCUCGCCCGCGUGUAGGCUGGAACCUGCUGGCUUGUAGAUCCCGUCGCAGCCUCUCCAACUGCCACCAAGAAACUCCUCGUCCCUACAGAAUCACUUUGUGGAAAUAAAGCAGUAGUCCAUUGAAACCAUCUGUUUUCAUAAUAUGAAGAGUUAAUACCUCUAUUUAGAAAGGAGUCACAUAAACUUUCCGUAAUGAUGGAUUUAGCCAAGCUGGUAAAUAGUUUGGUGUUAAUCUGGUUCUAUGUGAAAAUUCGAACGUGAAUGAUUUUGAAAGGACUGUGAAUGUCAUAAAUUCCCCUGUGCAUCUCCACGGCCUGUGGUCCAUGCUCACGAUAAGGAGUUUGGGACUUGGGCCAACUGCCCGGCGUUCCAGCACUUUGAGUUUAGGGGAAAUGGGAUGAAUAUAUACGACCCAUUUCUAAUCAAUUUGGCCUUCUGCUGCUGCAAGUAAUUCUAUUUAUAAGUAACUUGCCAUCAGAGAAUAAAAGCAAUAUCUUUUUAAGUUCCUAAAAGAUUAAAACUUGUACCAUAAUGUACUCAGAGUAUUAUUUAUCUGGCGAUGAAAUACUUUUGAUCAUUCGCAAACACGCCAUCAUCUGCUUUGCCCUCAGUAUUAUCUAUUUUUAUGUUCUGUAUGGUUGUUUAGAAAUUCUUUAUAUGAAAAAUAAUUGCUGGUUUAAAAUAGACCAUUUUAACAAAGUAACUAUAUUUCUUUUUACAAAAAAUGCUAUUUUUCUAUGAUGUAAACAAUUGUGAGGUGGCAGAUUUUUAAGGAAGUAUUAUUUUAUUUAAGAGUCUGUAUCCCUUUGUGUGAGAGGAACCCAGAAAGGGUUCAUGUUUGUUUUAAAGCACACAUCCCUUACCCCUUCACAACUCAGCUCCUUUUCUUUUAUCUUAGAAAGAGAUGUCCCUAUAGACAUUUUACAGGGUUAAUAAAAUGAACUUUUCACAAAGAUGCUUUUGCAAAUGUAGCUGUAAGGUGGUAUUUGAAAAUAACCUGCUCAAAACCAGCCAACAUCCUUACAACUAUUUUUGCUGCCAUAUCCACUAGAAUUACCAAAAAACAUAGCUUCAUCUCGAUCUGUCUGUGGAGAUCUCCCCUGAGACCAGACUUUCCUCCCCCUGCCCCUUUACAAAAUACUGUAUUUUUAUCUAGAAUGAUCCUUAAUUAUUAGUCUCUGCAUAUUUUUUAAAAGUGCCAGAGACAUUAUAUAUAUGCCAAUACAAAACUACUCCAAGGCCUAUGUAUUCAACUGUGUUUACUAUUGCAGUAGCCUGCACAAAUUUUAUGCAUUUUUAUGCGUUUGCCCCUUCUUUCCAAGUAAGGUAUCUUGUUAGCUAACACUUCCUGAAUGGUUUCUUGUCUCUUUCCUUCCUCUUUCCCUCCCUUUUCUUUCCUUCCUUCCCUCUGUUUCUCCCUCUCUGUUUCUCUCUCUCUUUUUCUUUGAGAAACCACCUUAUCUAUUUUUAGAUGUUUCAAAUUCCUAAAAUAUGAACUGUUGGGUGGUCUGCAAUUUGGCCUGCAAACAACUCUGACUGGCCCAUUUUUAUCUGUACCAUAUGACUUUAUUUCCUAAGAACUUCAUGUCUUUGGACUGUAAUAAACAACACAGAAUCUAAGUAAUUCUGAACAAUCGUUUCAAAUACACUUAUCUGCACUCUUGGUUCUUACUCUUACUUCUUUCCAGAUUUUGACUCUUGUGAAAGGCUGUAGUAGGCUCUUGCUUUCCCAGCAAAUGAGAUGGGCCAAGUCUCAGCAUUUGGAAUGGUUAGAAACUUUUUCCCAGGAAACUUAAUGGGGAAGAGGUCAGUUAGCCUGUUAUAGUUGGUGAAUCACUCAAGUCGUCUACUAGAACCAAACGAGGGUGGCUACCUGGAGGUCUUUGUGGGGUCUGCUUCUCUCCUUCAAUUGCAAAAGGAAGAAGGUGUGCGUAUAUAGACGUACAUACAUAGACACAUACAUAUACACAUAUCUAUGAUCUCUGUUCUGACUUCCUCUUCAAUAUGUUGAUCCCAUCUAAAAACUUCUUUUAAUCAAAAUAACUAAAUUUUAGCUUAUUCCUCAAGAGAAAGAAAAGGAUCCUGAAGAGAAAAAAAUAGGGUAACCUACGUAUAUCACAAAGCAAAAUAGGAUACUCUUUCAGUUUCUAUUCUAAGUUGUACCAUCUUUCUGAAACCAUUCUGAAUUUAGUUGAAAUUAUCAAUAUUUAUACUUUGAACCUUAGUAUCUGGAUUCCAGCCUGUAUAUAAAUCUUUUGUUGUGUGUUGGGGGGAUAACUUUGACAAUUUGACUUUUAAGCUUGCACAUUCUGAGGUAAAUAAUACAUUCUCUAAUCCAAAAUAGCUUCCCAGAAGUUUUGAACUUAAUGCUAAUUAUUCUUUUACUAUUACCACUUCUCAUGCAUAUAUAACUAUCCAUUAUUAUUUGUGGCCGGAAAAAAAAAAGUUCUCCUAUUUUGUGUUUGUCAUUGUUUUUCUCGUAUGUAUGCUAACUGUUGGUGUUUCAUAAUUUGGGGCUUAUAAAAUUAAAAGUUCUACCUUUGGCCAUUUGGACUCAACAUUACAUGAGGAAUUGCACAUGAAAUGUAUUUGUACUUUUUGAUUUACAAAAGAAGGGAAAACAUGUUGGUAAUAGAGCUGUAAUUGCCUUGCUUUGAAGAAAAUUUCAAAAUUACCGAAAACCAAGUACCUUCAUUAUAUCGUUUUCAACCUUAUGUUUCUGCAGGCUGCACAAAACUGCCUGCCCAAGGCACACAGCUCCUGCGCGCGUUUGCAGAAUGCUUUUCUUCUUUAAAAGUCCCUGAAAACGUAUCUGCUGAGAUGCUGGUUUCCUUACUAGAAUCGUAGGUGAAGGUUUCGAUCCAUGUGCAAUUUCUAAGUUGAACUUUUUCUCUUCUGUUUGACUGUUGGUUGAAGUGUUGUGGUUAAUGCAAGUUCAAAUGUGUGAACUCAGAUGACUCUGGAACUAGCCCCUGACCGCAUUUUGCAGCAGCAGGAUGACCGACUCUGGUGGUGGCUUGGCUUCGGGCUUCUGAGGAGGAAGGGCGCAGCCGCCCCACUGUUGACUCCUUCCCAGCUCGGAGCAGAAAGGACUGAUGGAAAAUAUGAUGAAGCCACCAUUUCAUCUGUGACCCCCCCCCCCCCCCCCGCCAAAGACUGUGUUUGUGCGUCUUGGCUGUUUUGCUCUGUUUUGUUUUGUUUAAAAUGAUGAAGUAGGACACAAUUAAGUGUCAGGUUAGCAGCUCUUGGAAAGUGACCAGUACAGCCGGGUUCCCACUCCCUAAAGAGCCGGGCUCAGAGAAACCCUCCCGGUUUCCUGAGCUCUUGUGAGCAGUUACUGGCAUGUCCAGGCCUUGUUCAGCCAGAUCUGUCUGUGCUCUCGGGGUGGGAUGAGUCUCCGGCUGCAGCGCUCCCAGGCCUGGGGGAUUUUCGCAUUUGCUUUUUCUUUUGUUUGUAACUGCAGAUUCUGUACAUCUGUUUGUGGGAGGAGAGUUGCUACUCAGGACAGGAUUUAAGAGACAGAUUCCAAGUGACCUUUAAGAGUCUGCAUGGUGGGAGGUCCUGUUCCAGGAGAGUGGGUUGGUCCACCCUGGGACCCACCAAGCGAAGAAGGAGGGGGAUGGUAAAAUAAGGUUAAAGAGAGAAUAGGUCCCCAGCCUUCACAUUUUACUUAAAAAAAAAAAAAAAAAGUGGUUAAGACUACAGUCCAGAUUGAGGCCUCUUCAAAAGGUCAAUAUGGUCUAGCCAGCUGCCCAUCGAAACAGUCCUUGGGUUCAUCAGCAGUGCGGAGAGGCGGGCAGAGUGCCUGCAGAUUCCUGGCUUUGACUUUUGAGAGCCCCUGUCACAGUUGUGUUUAUUACAGAAGACAGGGAGGUCCUUGUUCUGUGGCCUCUGUGCAGUGACUGAAACUUGAACCCAAAGGCAAGUCCAGACUAUCCAGCCAUUGGUCCCAUUGCCUUGAUCGGGGGGCGGCGGGGUGAGGAGGAAGCGCCUCCCAUAAGGUGAUCCAUCCCCUUCUCCCUACAGAAGCUGGGUCUGCUGCGGCUUGUAGCCAAGCCAGAGGAGCGAGACUUCUCUCCUUCAGCCCCCUCCCCCACCCCGUGGCAGGGCUGAUGUGUGUGACACUCACCGUCACGGAGCAAGAGCGAGACAAAAGCAAGUUCAAUUUGAGGAGCAUAAGGCAGAAAUUAGAAAUGAAAACCAUAUGUCCCAGCCAGGGAGAAAAGCAGUAACCUACAGAUUAUAAAAAUCAAUGAAUUAUUCUCCACUUGGGUCAGCUGAAAUGUGAGCCCUCACGCCCAGGCCUGUCAGGAAAGCUAAGCAGAAGCAUCUCGAAGAACAAAAAAAAAAAAAAAAAGAACUUCCCAAAUGUGAAUACAAGGCCCCGUAACCCCACAGAAACUCUGUAUCUGCUUAUCGUUUCUUUGGGCACCAUGAAGAUGGAAGGAGGCAGGUAGAGAGGGUCCCAGGAAAAGACCCAACGGGUAGCGGGCAGUCUCCAGCCGCGGCUCAUCACCCCCAGAUCAGGCCGCACCAGAGGUCUUACGGUGACGAGAGGUGGAGGUGGGUGAAGAGGAGUAAAGCCCAGAUGAAUGUGUUCAGGGAGCUCUUGUAUCUCCGCACAAUGUAAAGACUUGCUAGUUCCGGAUGGUUGGCCUGCUCAGUAGCACACGUAUUCCAAAUAAACAUUUUGCAUGAAA